CUUCAUAUUUAUCACACAAAAAUAAAAACAAAAAAAACAAUUAACUCAUUUUCCAAACAGAAUCAUUACCGAAUAAACAAACACUAACCUCGUAGCCUUUUCCUCUGUCAUUCUCAUUAAUUAUUAUUACUAUAAUUAUUCAUAAAGUCUUCACUUUUUUGGGUUUCUUUCUCAUUAUUACACACACUUGCACUUUCAUUAUUUUCUACUUUUUUCACCAAAGUUUCAAUCUUUGCUACUUUUCAACUAUACCCAUAUGUAUCUUUUCUCAAUCACAAUGCGUCAUUGAUUUGCAGCUUGAGUUUCCAUAAUUCUCAAUUUUCAUAGCAGUUAUUGAGUGCAAACUACAAAGGGAUAUUGUUUUACAAAACUUGGAACCGGCAAAAUUCUAAUGGAGUGAUACAUGAAGCUGAAAUUGAGGACAUGAGAGUCUUUUGGUAGACUGUAUGGGAGGCUUAUUGCACUUUUUUGAAUUCAAUCAAGGGAGGAUGGCCAAGAAAGUUCAUGCUCACAAGAGACAUCAUGUUGACUUCGAAACUCCUCGAAAUAGUUUAGAUCUGCAAGUAGAAACAUCUCAGAAGUACGGUCCACGAGGAGAAUUGCCUCACUAUUAUCAAGUAGAAGAAGAUUGGCUUGAAAAUAAUCGUUACUCAAACACGGGUUCGAUGAAAAAGCUGAUCAAUGAAGAGCUAUCAGCGCGAUCAAGCACGAGGCAAAAUGCACCAAGCAUUGUGGCAAGGUUGAUGGGGUUAGACAUGAUGCCAGUAGAGACUAAAUCUGCUGUUCCAUCAGAUAAAAGAAUAACUGAAAAUACAGCGAAGAAGUAUUCAAACAAGAGGAUGAAUGGUUCCAACUUUAAUUCUUCUAGCCAUAUUGAAUUUGAUGCAGUUUACGAAGCCAUAGAUGACGAUGAUGAUGAUGGAUGGAGCCGGAGCUUUGGAGAGCCGAGGCCACGGGAACAUCCACAGGAAGAGGAACUUCAGAAAUUCAAGAAAGAGUUUGAAGCAUAUCAAGCAGCGAGGUUUCAAGAAUGUUCGAGGUUUGCUGAAAUCGGCAGUGUUUCUAGCCGAUUAAUUUUCCAAGAGAAUCUGAACAAGGAAAAGGUUGCACAUAAUACAAGCAUGCAAAGGAAAGUGUUUCCUUCAAAGAGCAGAACUCUAAGUAGAGACUUUGAAGAGUCCUUAAUGAUAAAAUCUUAUAACAGAUUAGCCGCAUCUUCUUCUCCGACUCGAAUAGUUAUCUUGAAGCCCGGUCCUGAUAGUAUAUUCGGUCAUGAAGAGAAUUGGACUAGUGCAUCAGGAACUUUACCAGGGAGACAUAGUAUAGAAGAUUUUCUCGAGGAAGUGAAAGAGCGUCUGAAAUGUGAACUCCAAGGAAAAAAUGUCGCAAAAGGUUAUGUUGUUCGAGGAAGUGAAAUCGAGACACUGCGCAAUAAAAAACCAUCUGAUCCUAAACUCAUUGCUCGUCAAAUAGUAAAGCAGGUCAAAGAAAAUGUGAAUAGAGAUUCUGACUCAAAUUCGGGCUGCUCGGAAUCAACAAGAUCAUACAAAGGUGAAGUGAAGCUCAACGGACCGAAUUAUCCAGAAUUUAUCAGUAGAGAUCCAAGGAGUUACUUGUCAGAGAAGCUAACAAAUACUGUAAAAAGUGAAAGACGCGAUGAUGACAUUUAUGAAGUGAACUCAAGGUCACAUGCAUUUGAUAAUCAAAGAGUUAGACUCAAGAAGACAGAAGGUGUUUUACAUUGUGCAAACGAAUGGGAAAUAUCGAAAGAGGAAACGGAAAUACAAACAGGAUCUUUCAGGCACGAACAAGACAACGACAUUUUGCUCCACAGGGAGUUGUUAUCUCCAAGGAACCUUGUAAGAUCACUGUCAGCUCCUGUAUCAAGAUCAGGAACAUCAUUUGGAAAGCUUCUUCUAGAGGACAGACACAUUUUAACCGGUGCUCAUAUUCGAAGGAAGCUUGAAGCUGUCGAAACUAUGGCUGUUGAUGUUAAAAAACAGAAAAAAGAAAGGUUUAAUCAUAUAAAAGAAAGAGUCUCCAAUUUUAGAUACAGUUUUGCUCUAAGAGGAAGACUUUUUGGCAAGAGGAAUCAAUCAAUGGCAGAAUCGCGCGGAAAUGAAUACCUUCCAGCAAUGAGAGAUAUCAGAAGUGGCCCAACAGUGCUUAUGAACUGUGGCAGCGAGCGACAUGAAAACUACACUGAGGUACCUCCUAGUCCUGCAUCUGUAUGCAGUAGUGUUCAUGAAGACUUUUGGAGGCGAAGCGAAUAUUUAAGUCCAAUAUCAACUCCUGAUGUGUCCUCAAGAGAUGAUACUGUUAUGCCUCAAGUUUUCAGAGAUAUCAGCACUGGUUUAAAUGAGCUAAGAAGACAACUGAAUCAACUUGAUUCUGGUGAUGUUGAUGUUGAGGACUUCGCUAUGAAACAUGAACCUUCUGAGUCUGAAUUGAUGCAAAUAAAUGAUCCAGCAGAAUCUUACAUAAGAGAUUUACUUCUCGCGUCUGGCCUAUACUUCGGUUCUUGGGACAAAUCUUUGUUAAGAGGGGACACAUACGCGAAGCCUAUUGGAAAUUCAGUUUUCGAAGAAGUUGAAGAAUCUCAUAAGAAUUUAAUCAAUGAGAAUGAUGCAAGUUUAACAAAGGAUCAAGGCGAGAAUAGCCACAAGAUUUUGCUUGAUUUGUUAAACGAGGCACUUUCGAUUGUUCUUGGACCGCCUUCCACAUUGUCUAAAUUCAGAAAGAAACUAUGCAAGUCUUCCAUGUUGUCUCCGCCUCAAGGAAAGGAACUACUGAAGUUAGUAUGGGAAAAUAUCCGCGUCUCGUUAUAUCCUUCAUCUGAUAUAUCUCAUUAUUCAGUUGAUACAUUGGUUGCUCAACACUUGAGCUCACUUCCUUGGUCUGGAAUAAUCAAUGAUGAGAUGAAUAUAUUAGGAAGAGAGGUAGAAUGUCUUAUAACUAAUGAUCUUGUUGAAGAACUCACAAAGGAUUUGAUUUGAGAAGUGAAAUUUUAGAUAAUAAAGAGUUCCACAGAUUGGAGUAAGGUUAUAUUAUACAUGAUUGUUACACAAAGUGGAAGAUAGAAGAAGCCUAAUUGAUAUAGUUUUGUUGAUGGAAUAUUGAAUGAAUAUGUGUAUAGAUAAAGUAUUGUGUGAGUUUUUGUGAUGUAGGGGAGAUUGAGUGUACAUGAGUGAAGUGAAUAAGUAGGUUAUUUUUUCAAAACAGCAAAUUUAUUGAUGCUUAUUGUUCUUGA